AUGGAUAAAAUACCACAUGAUAGCAUCCAUUUUCGUUCAAAUAUCACUUGCAUUAAUAAUGUUAUUAUAGAAGGUCGUCUUCGCUGGUUAGGGCACAUUCUUCGUCGUCCACCACAGGAGUUGACGCAUAUUUCGUUAUUUGCUAAACUGUGUGAAUGGAUAAUGGACACUGCUUGUCGGUACUCAAGAGAUGUCCGAAUUAGUCCAGAGCACCGUAUCACAGAUCUUGAAUACGCUGAUAAUGUAGUCCUUUUUGCUGACAGUUAUAAUGAAAUGCAAGUAAUACUAAAUAGCGUAUCAGAAACUGCAGCAAGAAUCGGACUCAGGAUCAAUGUAAAUAAAACGAAAGCAUUUUCGUCUUAUGUGCAAAAAGUUGAUAAAAUGCCUCUUUUUGUAAAUUCAUUGCCGGUUGAGGAAGUGCCCGGUUUCAAAUACCUUGGGUCCACUCUAAUAGCAAAUGGACAGGCAAAAGAUAUUACAACUCGGAUCACGGCAGCUAGAAAUGCGUUCUUCCAGCUGACGAAACCUUUAUGGAGUCGUCGUGAAAUCACCAUAAAAACGAAAGUCCGCAUCUAUAUUGCCGUGAUCCGUUCGAUCUUACUAUAUGGUUCUGGCCAAUGA